AUGCCAAAUUUAUAUCAAAUUCUCAAUGUCGAUCCCUUUGCGUCCACUGCUGAGAUUUCUGAAGCUGCUAAGAAACUUAUAGCUGAAUGGAAUCCCGAUACUUUAGAAGACAGAAAGACAAGAGCUAUUGUAACAGCCGUCUUGAAAGAAAUCACUGAUGCCAGAGAUGUUCUGACAGAUUCCUGGAAAAGGCAGAAAUAUGAUGUGAAAAUUGGACUUGCGGAUAUUGUGUACAGGACCAGAAAGCCCAGGAAACUUACUUCUGAUAAAAGUGUGCAAUAUGGGUAUGAUUACACCUUCGGUCAACCAAUGGGAGAUAUUCAAGAAAGAAUACGAAAAAGGAGUCUUGAAAUGAUGGAACGUGAAUCUGCGGGAAAGGAUCCUGAUGUAGACGGCGUAGACACUACUGUACGAACUACAACCAGGGAGUACGAAACAGAUACAACACGUAUGAUUACAACACACCAACAGGAUAUUUUUUACAUUACUGGGAAAAAAACAAAUCUGGAAGAAGAAUCACAGCGAGCAACGCGCGGAGAAGCUGAAGGGUUUGAAAAGUUGGAUCAAGAACAAACUUCAGUGGAUUUCACUACUGACAUUUAUGAAAAAACUCAACGUUUGGAUCCAGAAUCAACUGAACAGAAAGCUGAAAUAGGACCGAUAGAAAUUUCAUAUUCAAGAGACGUUCCACGUAGCAUAAGUGAAUCUUCUGCGGAUGAAAGAGAAGAAGUUAUCAAAGAUAUCAGUGGAGUGGAAAUAAUUAGGCUUUCCGAACUUUCAAAAAAGACAGGGGAAAAACUUUCAGCUGAGCAAAUGGAAACCACCCCAAGCACGCCAUCAGAAUACCGUCUAGUAACAGGGAAAGAAACUGUAAAAAUUUCCUAUGAAAUCCAACCAACUGCAUCUAAACAGAUUAUCGAACCAGAACAGAUCGUUAAGGAUGAAGCAGAAGAAAGGAUAUUAAAAGAUGAACUGGAAGAGAAGAUUGUGAAAGAUGAACCAGAAAAGAUAAUCAUGGAAGAAGAACCAGAAAAGGGGGUGGAAAAAGAUGAACUAGAAAAGAAGAUUUCGGAAGAGAAAUCAGAAAAGAGGGCGAUAAGAGAUGAAUCAGAAAAGAGGGCGAUAAGAGAUGAAUCAGAAAAGAGAAAAAUUGAGAAAGAGGAAAUAGACAAGAAGAUGUUAAAAGAUGAAGAAGAAAAGAGAAUGAUAAAAGAUGAGUUAGAAAAGAAGAUUGAGAAAGAUGUAAAGGAAGAAAUUUCUGUUGUACCAAUGAAACCUCUUGAGGAAAGCGGAAAAAGUAUUUCAUCAUAUUCGGAAGAAAUUCACCCUACUUUAGCCAUUAAACGGAUUGCUGAUCUACAUAAAACGUUUCAAAGGGAAUCGAGGGAGCUGCAGCCUUUGUCAGUAAAACGUCCAUCUGUAGAAGAGAAGAUAGCAUUGACUGGCUCAAAAGAAAUACAACCUACUGAAAUUUUAGAACAUUCUAUAAAACAAAAAGAAGAAGUUCUGGAAGAAAAAGAAGAUAAAUACCAUGAUGCAUAUAAAGAGUCUAUUACGGAAAUGGAAGAAAAAAUAAUUCCGGAAAAAUUAAGAGAAGCACAUACUAAAGAAAGACAGGAAGAAAUUGCAAAGCAUUCAUUAGAACCGCACCCUACCAUGCCAAUGAAAAUUUCUGCAGAUCUAGAAAAAACAAUUUUGAAAGAAACUGAGCCUGUUACCAUAGAAACUGCUGCAGAGAAAAAGAGUAAAAUUUCAGAAAUUUCGGAAGUUUCUAAAGAAAUUCUUCCAACUACUUCACCAGAGCAUCUGUUAGAGAAAGGAAUGAAAGUUUCCGCAUUCUCAAAAGAAAUACACCCCACUGAAAUAGAAGAACGUACUUCGGAAGAGGAGGAACACAUUGUAAAAGAUAUUAUUACAGCCACAGAACAUAAAUUUGAUGUAGAAGCAAUAACUCCAAAGGAUUCAGAAACCAUUGAACCAACUGUAACAUCAGAUCACACAAUGAAAGCACAGAAAAUAAUAAUCCAACCAACAAAAGAAUCACAAGCUACUAUUUCCUCAGUAUUAAAACCUCCCAUUAUAACACGCGCAGAAGCAGAUGAAGAAAUACCGCCUUCUAUAUCGAUAAAGUACUCGGCGGAUACAAGGGAAGAAAUUCCUUCAGAUUUGAAAGAUAUUCACCAUCCACCAUCCAUUGAACGAUCCAUGAAGGAAGCGGAAAAAACUGAAAAACCUGCAGAAGAAAUGAGAAUUUCUGUAUCAAAGAAACCAUUAAUUGAUCGAGAAGACACAGUAAAGGAAGGUUUAAGUGAAAUAAAACUUAUAAAAUCUGCAGACGAUAUUGAUCCUAGAAUUAAAACUUCAAAAGUAAGCGAAGAUAUUGGUCCCAUAAAAGUAUCAGAACGCUCCUUAAUAAAAGAAGACAAGAUCUCUAAACCUGUUAAGGAAGUGUCUUCUAUUGUUGAUGAAGAUUCAAGAAAAAAAAUCCCAAUAGAUUCAAAAAUUUUACAUUCUUCAGUAUCUACUGAACGUUCAAUAAAACUGGUGGAGAAAAUUUCGGGAAUACCUCAAGAGAUAGAUCCAAGUAAAACAGCAAAGCCUUCAAUCGAUCUAAAAAAAGAAAUUCCAGAAUUUACAAGACGCAUCCAAUCCAUUAAAUCCGCCGACUCCAUUGUUCCGAGAAAAAGACUUUCCAAAGAUCCAAGAGACAUCGAUACAGAUAUAUAUUCAGACCAAGCCUUCGAAACCGAAAGGAAAAUUUCGGAGCCCAUAGACGUAAAAAGUCCUGUGAUCUCUAUAGAGAGUCCUACGAUUCAAAGAGAAAAAAUCACUAAAAUUUCGAGAAGUAUGCAGCCAGUUGCAUCAUCAAAACAUCCUGUGCAAAUAAUGGAUAAAGUGUCUAAAAAGCGUUCUGCAGAACUAAGAGAAAAGGCCAGUGAGGAUUCGAAAAGUCUGCAUCCAGUUGUGUCAUCUAGGGCUUCUGUACAAGUUAAAGAAAAAAUAUCAACAGAGUCUUUGACGGAUUUAAGGCAAACGAUCAAGGAAAAAUCCAAGGUUAUGCAACCAGUUGCAUCCUUAAAACAUCCUGUGCAAAUUAAAGAAGUAAUAUCUACUGAACGUCCUGCACAUUCAGUAGAAACGAUUACGAAAGUUUCUAUGGAUUUGCAUCCAGAUGAAUCAUUAAAACAUCCGGUGCAAAUAGAGAAAAUAAUGCCCACUGAACGUCCUGUAGAUUCAAGAGAAAGAAUCACUGAAGUUUCCAGAGUUAUGCAUCCAGAUGUAUCAUCAAAACUUCCUGUGCAAAUAGAAAAAAUAAAGCCAGUUGAAAGUCUUGUAGAUUCACGAGAAAUGAUUCCUAAAAUUUCUAAGGUCAUGCAUCCAGAUGAAUCACUAAAACGUCCUGUGCGAAUAGAAGAAAUAAAAUCAGUUGAAAGUCUUGCAGAUUCACGAGAAAUUAUCUUGAAAGCUGCUAAGGUAAUGCACCCGGUUGUAUCAUCAAAACAGCCCGUGCAAAUGGAAGAAAUAAUGUCAACUGAACGGCCUGUGGAAUCAAAAGAACCGACCAUGAAAGUGUCUCGGGAUAUGCAUCCAGUUGAAUCAUUGAAAUUUCCUAUGCAAAUAGAAGAAAUAAGAUCAAAGUCAGCUGAACGACUUAGAGAUUCAAAGGAAAUGAUCACGGAAGUUUCUAGAGUCAUGCAUCCAGACGAAUCAUUGAAACGUCCUGUGCGAAUAGAAGAAAUAAUACCUACUGAACGCCCUGUAGACUCAAGAGAAAUGAUCGCGAAAGUUUCUAAGAUAAUACAUCCAGUUGUAUCACUAAAACUUCCUGAAGAGGUAAAGGAAAUAACAUCCAAAGGAAGUUUCCCUGAUUUAAGAGAAACGACCUCAGAAGAUAAGAGAGACUUGCAUUUAACUACAUCAACAAAAAUUCCUAUACAUGUAGAUGAAACAAUAUCGAUAGCAAGUCCUACGGAUUCAAGAGAGCCUACAGUGAAACAAUCUAGGGUCGUAUAUCCAGUUAAGUCAUCAAAGCUUCCUAUAGAAAUAGCAGAAAAAGUAUCUCUUCAGCGUUCUGAAGAUUUAAGAGAAACGAUCACGGAUGUCUCUAAAGUUGUGCAUCCAGUUGUAUCAUCAAAACAUCCUGUAAAGGUAGAAGGAAAAGUAUCUGCUGAACCAUCAACUGAUCUAAGAGAAACAAUUAUGAAAGAUGCAAAGGCCAUGCAUCCAACAGUACUUUCAAAAAUUCCUAUACAUAUAGGGAGGAAAAUAUCCACAGACCGUCCCGUGGAUUUAAGAGAAUCUAUUACGAGCGAUGAAAAGGAGAUACACCCAGUUUUGUCACUGAAACAUCCUAUAAAGGCAAAGGAAAUAGUUUCAAGAAAGUCUAAGGAAGCUGAAGAGUCUGUGAUUGCAGAAGAAAUGAAGGUUGCUCGUCCAGCAGAAUUUCCAAGCAAAAAGGAAACUAAAAUUCUAAAAUAUUCAAAAGAAGUCCAACCUGUUAUAAUUACAGAAGAACAUGUUGAUGUUAGAAAAAAAGUUUCAAAAGAUUUACCACCUGUAUAUCCUAGUAUAACAACAGAUUAUCCUGAAGAAGAAGAAAAGAAAAUUUUAAUACAAUUUAAAAAAGUUCAUUCCAUUGAAUCACUUGAAUAUGCCCCUGAAACGGAAGGAAAAGAGCUAAAGGGUGUAAGAAGCCUACAAUCUAUUGAAAUAUCUCAGCAUUCUAUGGAACCAGAAGAAAAAAUUUCAGAAGUUCCAAGUGUUUCAUAUGCUGUUCCUCUGAAACAUGAUGUAGAUUCAAAAGAAAACAUUUUGAAAUAUUCCAAAGAAAUUUCUCCAACAGUUAUUACAGUUCGUUCUGCAAAAUCUAGAAAGGAAUUAUUGAAAGAACCAUCAGAAAAGAAGUCUUCUAUAUCCUUAGAAUUUCCUUUCAAGUCCAUAAAAAAGGUGUCAAAAGAUACCGAAAGAAUAACCGAUUCUGAACAUUUAGAUUAUCCAAAGGAAGUAGAGAAAAAAGCUUCAGAAUAUUCUAAAGAAAUUCAACCCAUUGCAGUUACAGAACAUACUACAAAAUUAAAAAAGAAAAUCUCAAAAGAAUCAAAAGAAAUCCCAAUACUUUCGGAAGAUCAUAUGAAGACCAAAAUAAGGAUAACUGAAGUUGAAACUAAAGUGCCCUUAACUGCACCUUUAAAACCACUCACCGAGUUAGAAAAGAAACCUCCAAAAGAUUUUAGUCAAUUGCAUUCAAUAAUACGACCACAGCAGAUAGUUGAAACAAAAGAAAGUGCUAUAAAAUUUUCAGACGAAAAGCUUCAUGUACCAACCACUGAACCUAUGAAGAAAAAAUCAAAAAAGAUUUCAAAAUAUUUGCGUGAAAUUCAUCCCACGACAGUUACAGAACAUUUUCUUGCACCGGCAAAGAAAGUUUCCAAAGAUUUAUUUCCUAGUAUACCUUCAAAGACUGUGGAUCAACAGGAAAAAGUUUUCAAAUAUCCUAAACAACUUCCGUUAGAAAAAAGAAUUGCAAAAGAAUCAGAGAAAAUACGUCCUAUUAUAACAUCAAAACCUUCUGUCGACGCUAGAGCUGUAAAAGAUAAAUAUCCAGUUACGUCUACGGAAUACAUUGAAGAACAAAUGAAAACUGAAGAAGAAGUAAGCCACUGGAAAAGAGGUAAACAAAUAGAUAAAAUUUGGGAUCAAAAGCCUUCUGAGAUGAUUUAUAAAAAAAAGAAGAAGCAUCGAGUAUCAACAUUUGAAGAUGAUAUCGAAUGUCCUGUUGAAAGAAAAGUAGAAAUUAGAUCAAAAUAUGACAAUGGAGUUAAACAUGGGAAGUACUCAAAAGAACAGCAAAAGUAUUCGAGUGUAUCAAGAAUAAAAGAUAAAGGCGACGUAGAAGAUGGAAAAAGACGAAAAGAAGAAGAAAGGGAAAAAUGGCAAGACGAGAAAAAACAAAUCGAGGGAUUUCAUAAACAUCUGCAAACAUCAACUGAGGAACAUGAUGAUGAUUUGAAGGAUGUGAAAAUGCCUAUCAGAGCAGAGUACCAAAUACUGAAAAAAAUAAAAGAUGAAAAACAUAUAGAACCUUCUUCUGAACUUCAUAAGCAUUUUCGUGCAUCCCGAAUCAGUUACAAAGAUGUAGACAGAGAAGACAGGACUGUCACAGAAUAUUACAAGUUCACACGAAUAACAAAAUCAAUUUCUGAAUCUUCUCAGUUAAGCCAAGAAAAAAGGGAAGCAUCUGAAGGACAGUUAACAUGCUGGAUAAAAGAAGAUGAUGAAAAAUCAGGAAAAUUCUCUAUUAGCUCCCGAGAAUAUUUAGAUAUUCCACUGAUUGAAAAGAAAAGAUCAGAUAUUUCUACUGACUCAAAAGAUGAGUUGAGACACAGUCCAGAUCGCUUCCCGGAAAGUCAUUUCUGCAAACACGAAAGUAAAAAACGUGAAAAGAAGAAAAAGUCAAAAUAUAUAAAGGAAAGUUCUCUAAUUUCUUCUGAAGCUCCAAAGUCUACAUUUGAGAGCGAAGAAGUCAGCGAAUAUGGAAAAACAGAAUGUGGCAAAGCAACUCUUGAGAGUAGUUUUAUGGCUAUUUCUGUCUCAGCCUGUUCUAAAGAUUCAGAAACCAAAACCAUUUAUACAUACGAUGUUGAUGGUGAAAGGAUCGAAGUCUUUGUUGAAGGUAUCAAGAGAAUACACAUUUCCAAAGGAUCUUCAGAAGAGUCCUAUAGUUCUAAAUGGGUGAAUUCUGCGUCGUCGUGUUCAGAGAGUUUGUGCUCAUCAACAGUCAUUGACGCGAAUGGAUCGAAAAUCAUAACGUUAAGAGUUUGUGACGGACGACAAGAAUCAAUUUCAGUUCACAAGGAUCAUAUUUUACUGUGCAAAGUAUCGAGUAGCAAAUAUUGA